UAAUACAAGUACGCUUGCAAAGCAAGGCACUGCAAGAGAGCAGUCGUUCAGCAGGACCCGAUAGCUUUGGCUUGUGAGCUAGCUAAGAUAGAAAUCUCAACAAAGAGAAUACCUAGCACUAAUGCUAGCUGGCUAGCUAGCUUCCUUACGUUAGCAUUAGCGGUAACGUUAGCUAACGUUACUAAACCAGAAAGGCGCAGAUCAAAAAAUGGGGAAGAUGAAAUCUUUGCGAAUGUAAAAUGAAUUUUUAGCCACAUAGAAAUAAUAAUAAUUUUAUACUGCGAUUCCGAAUUUAUUUUAUUACUUGGGGAUUGCUGGUCAGCUAUGAUUGUUUGGCCUUAGGCACGAUCCCGGCCUCGGGGCUGGCUAACGCAGUUGGCCAAACAUUUUAGCUACCAGCUUAGUUACGGGCUACCAGCGAGCAUUGCUAAGGUCGCUUGGUUCCAUCCCGAAAACCGAGGGUGUCUUGCGCCGAACAUUUUAAAAGGGCGGGAAGUGCAGACUAACCUAACAAAUUUAGCCUUUGUAUGCUCAUACAAUUUCGUUACCACAAGUUAGCUUGGUAGUUAAUUGUGCAUAUGUGCUUUUACCAUAUUGGGACAGCAUCAUUGCAAGACAGAAUUGGCUAUCUUGUCGUUUGGACUGUAGAUGGAUUGACAUGAUAUCGGGAUAGUUUGGUUCUUGUAUGUUUGAGUAAUUCUAAGUUUUCAUGUGUUAACGUUACCAACUAAUCAACUGUGACAAUCUUGCAAUGUAGCGAAUGCCUAUUUAGCUACCAUGUCACGAGAAAUUGGGAAUAGGCUCUAUAAUAUCUAAUCGAAUUAUGAUGGGUCGGUGUAGAGAGAUUCAUGCAAUAAAGGAGGAGCUUCACUGUGACUGAAGUGACAGCUAAUCAAGUCAACCGUGUUGUUUGCCUGGAAAUGUAUAUAAUCAACAAUUUUUAAGUCAUGCCGACAACACCUAAUGUUAUACGGGAUAGAGAGGAAUAGGGUAAACAUGAACAAGGAAUGGAAUAAUCACUGCAAACCAAAGAUGAACCUUGGCGAUUUGGUAUGGCUAACUAAAUAUUGUACUGUGAGAAAAAAUGCAGGGCUGCCAAUCCAGGUAAUCCACAGUUUAUACUAAACUGCAAUUUCAUGGGAAUGGGAGAAACUCACAAUUUAUGGGUUAAUGAACACAUUGCUAGUAUUGUUAUUCUUAUUCUCCUUGCUUUUUUUGUUUGUAGGGUGAGUAGCUUGAUGGCUGUCCAAGGCUCUGAUCGGUUGUAACUCUACUGUAGCUCAAGCCAUUGAACUGGACAGUUGGUUCCUUGGAUGGAGUCGGGAGGUGCACCCGCCUCUUCAGCCUCCUCUUGCGAUGUUCGCCCGUUUCUGUUUGCAGGGAGCAGGGCCCGACAGAGCGAUGGCGGAUGGGAGGAUCUAUGUGGGGAACCUUCCGACUGAUGUGCAGGAGAGGGACAUCGAGGACCUCUUCUUCAAGUACGGGAAGAUCCGGGACAUCGAGCUGAAGAACAACAGGGGCACCAUCCCCUUCGCCUUUGUCCGCUUUGAGGAUCCACGGGAUGCUGAAGAUGCAGUCUACGGGAGGAAUGGCUAUGGGUUUGGAGACUGCAAACUGCGUGUGGAGUACCCUCGUUCCUCAGGCUCCAAAUUUAGUGGCCCCAUGGGAGGAGGUCCCAGAGGAAGAUUUGGGCCCCCAACUCGGAGAUCUGAGUUUCGGGUCAUCGUGACUGGCCUGCCCCCCACCGGAAGCUGGCAGGACCUGAAGGAUCACAUGCGGGAGGCGGGGGACGUGUGCUUCGCCGACGUCCAGCGUGACGGCGAGGGCGUGGUGGAGUUCCUGCGCAGAGAGGAUAUGGAGUACGCCCUGCGCCGCCUCGACAGGACAGAGUUCCGCUCGCACCAGGGCGAGACGGCGUACAUCCGCGUUCACGAGGAGCGAGGGUCCAGCUGGGGCCGCUCGCGGUCCCGCUCCCGGUCCCGGGGACGGUACUCGCCACCCUACCAAAGCCGCGGAUCCCCGCCUCCCCGCUACCAGUCGCCGCCCCGCCACUCGUUGUCCCGCCAUAGCCCCCCCCCUCGCCGGCUCCCCCCACAGCACCACAGCCCGCCUCCCCGCCACUAUCGGUAAACUCCAGGAAGAGGAACCCCGGAACGGAAACGGAGGUUGCUACUUUUUUUUUUUUUCUCUCUCGUGUGUGUGCGCGUGCGUGUUCCGAUUUUUUUUUAAUUUUUUUUUUUUUUUUUUUUCUCGUUUUAAUUUCUUUUUUUUUUUCCUUAUGGUUUCAGUCUGUAAUAUACAUUCCAUUAUCAGGACUGUCCUCAAAGGGUUUUUUUUUUAUUAUUAUUUUUAAAAAAAAUAAUGUAUAGGACCUUUCCAGAAAGACACCAGUGAUGGAGGAUAGGAGGAGGUACAGGGUCUUCCGUUCGGAGUCUUUGCUGGUCACGUGAAAUGGCAGUGGAGCUGACUCGAAUGCAUGCUGACUGUGGUAUUGUCAUGUCAUGUGGAAAUGGCUGGAGCACAGAACUUAGUACAGUUGUGCAGUAUGAACACCAAAGCCACUAGGAUGCUGUCUUACAGUCCUGGCUGCUGUUGGAGCUCAGCCAUCUUGUGGAGGAAAGCCUUUGAGAGAGAGGACCCCUUUCUGGACAGCCCUGCUUUCUGGAUGGUCACCGUGCAAACCUAUGUUUCUAGAUGACGGAUUAUUUUUCUUCUCUACCCCCCCCCCCCCCCCCAUUUGUUUUAAAUGAGGCAAAAAAACAUUUUAACUAGUUUCCCCAUUCUCCAAACAUCCUUUGUAUCUUGUAACGCCUGUGUAUAAAAGCAGAUUUUGAUUUUUUUUUUUUUUUCAAUUAAAAGAUGAAAUCAUAACUUUUCUUCUUUUAUUUUCAUACGUAAACAAUUACACCAGUCAUUCCCAAACGCCAACACAUAAGUCAUCCCAAAGAUCAGCAGUGAUAUGCACUGCCAUGUGCACACACAUGCUUCUGUAGUACUUGCACAGAAAACAAGCGGUACAGUAGUUAACAUGUUUUUAAAUGCAUCAUGAUGCAAAGGAAAUAAAAAACGGUUCUGUAUCCCAUCUGGGCACUACCUGAAUUGUGAAUUCUAUUGGAAUUUCUGCCUCUUUCCUGGAAGUAUCACCAACGUUAAGGAGUUUCAAUUGCAUCGGAACUUCCCAAGCAGAAUGGACAGUGCCUCUCCAAAAGUGCCAAUAAUAUUUUGCUGGUACAUGCAUCCUGGAAUAAUGGUGGAUUUAAUUUCCCAGGAAUGGCUUCGAGUUGUCACUAAAGACUUAAUUGCCUGUGUCCAGGUGGCUCUCAGUAUCCGGUUACAGGAGACCUAAGGCAUUCAAGUGAUGCCCCACUGUCUGGAGUUGAUUGUUGACCUUACACAAACAUUUUUCACACCGUUUCCUCAGACUGGUUUUUGGUGUCUCUCACCAUUGUAGCUCUCUCUCCUCUCUCUGGAAGCGGGAUGUUACCUGCGGAAGAAGACGGAGGGGUUUCUGGAACAUCUCCAAAGCAGCAAUAAAUUGAUUCCCCAGUCUCA